CAAUCCUCAGAACUAACACAAUUCACCACAAAACACAAUUAUAAAAAUGUCCACCCGCCUCCAAGCAACAGCCACCGGCUGGCUGAUCAUCUCUCUCGGGCACACGCUCUCCGCCAAAACCUGGCAAUCAGCACCCCAGUUCCGCGCGCUCCCGAAUCUUCCCUACUCGUGCGCAAAAGUCGGCUGGUACCAGGGGAGUGCAUUUUUCUUGAUGACGGCAUUGCUCAACUACUCCUGGGCCCAAGACCCGACUCUCCUAGAGCUGCCGGUGAAUAGGGCCAUUGCGGCGCUGAUGACGGGUAUCGUGUGGGCCAGCUCCGGGUGGUAUUUCAAGCGUGGCGUCGUUGAGAAUGGGGUUGUCGUUGCGGUUAUGGGGGCCGUGCAGGCUUGGGCGGCUUUUUUCUAACUCACUUUUUCGAGGUUCUAGGUGUAAUGUUUAUUGGGUUUAUUAGGGUAGGGUAGGUGGUUUGAGUAUACCAUAGUGGUGAAAGUAUUCUGUCUGUCUGUCUGUCUGUUGUAUGUACACACAAG